AUGAGUGGUGAUUGUGGGGGUCCUAACUCCCCUGGUAUGUGUCUAGCGGUCUAUCAGAGCCACAUCCUGCUCUGGAACCUCAGUUACUCAUGAUGGGUUCAGACCCUCAGAUGCAGGCCCUCUCUGGUUGUGUUUACUGAAGAUUCUACCCUUCUCCCCCACUAACCUUCUCUCUCUCUUCUCCAACAGUCCUUCAGCUGAGGCUACAGCAGAGACGUACCCGUGAGCAGCUGGUAGACCAGGGCAUAAUGCCACGUGAGUGUGGCCACUGUCACUUCAUAAAGUCAUAAUGUAGUUAUCUGUCUGUUGAUGAAGCUGACAUAAUGUGUUUCUGUCCAUGCAGCUCUAAAGAGCCCAGCGGCAUUCCAUGAGCAGAUACGCAGCCUGGAGAGAGCCCGGGUAAGAGCUCAGCCUUGCAAAUACAUUCCUUAAUAUAUUCAGUAACUUCUUGCAUUGAAAUUACUUGACAAUGCCCUGACCCCCUGUUCCCUACCCCAGACUGAGAACUUCCUGAAGCACAAGAUCCGCAGCCGACCAGAGAGAUCUGAGCUGGUCAGAAUGCACAUCCUCAAGGAGACUGGGGCAGAGCCCUCACUGCAGGCCACCCAGAUGAAGCUGAAGAGGGCCAGGCUGGCUGACGACCUGAAUGAGAAGCUGGCCCAGCGACCCGGCCCCAUGGAACUGGUAGAAAAGAACAUUCUGCCUGUAGAAUCCAGCGUCAAGGAGGCCAUCAUUGGUGAGAGUGAUCUCGAUCUGGAGCCGUAUGUAUCAAGUCUCAGUGUAGGAGUGCUGAUCAGGAUCAGUUGUCUUUCUAGCUCAUAAUGAAUAAGAUUAGAUGGACAGCCGAAACCUGAUCCUAGAUCAGCACUAAACGGGCCCAGAUCACACAAUUCUUAGACCUCUUCGUUCACCUUUCCCCCUUUUUAACGUGGUCCUUAGUUACAUUUACGUCAUUUAGCAGACGCUCUUAUCCAGAGCGACUUACAGUUAGUGAGUGCAUACAUAAUUUUUUAUACUGGCCCCCCAUGGGAAUCGAACCCACAACACUGGCGUUGCAAACGCCAUGCUCUACCAACUGAGCUACAUCCCUGCCGGCCAUUCCCUCCCCUACCCUGGGCCAAUUGUGAGCCGCCCCAUGGGUCUCCCGGUCGCGGCCGGCUACGACAGAGCCUGGAUUCGAACCAGAAUCUCUAGUGGCACAGCUAGCACUGCGAUGCAGUGCCUUAGACCACUGCGCCACUCGGGAGUUAAUGUUAUGUAUUAAUGUUGACUGUGUUGGUCCCUCAGUAAACUACCCCAAAGCACUGGACGCCUACGGGUUUGAGGAGGACAGCGGGGAUGCCCUGUCUCCAGAGCAGCCGGCCAGCCACGAGUCCCAGGCCUCCGCACCCUCCCCCUCCCCUGGGGAACCCCGGGCCCUGGACGCCCCCUGUCCACCACCGCUGCCCACCACCACCAACAACCAUACCAUUUUACAGGUAGGGACUAGGGAGGAUCUUUAUCCACUCAAAUUUCCUCUUGAAGGACAAUAAAUAUGCUUCAUCAUACUUAGUGUUGCAAAGGGAGGGUAUAUUACUGUUAACUUUCUAAGUUUACCAGUAAACUACCAGAAUUUUGGUAGCUUUCAAGGUUUUGGGGGAAUUCUAUAAGAUGACAUCUAGUGGCUUUUUAGGUGUCUAUAAUUAAAAUAAUCAAAUAGCAUGAUUUAAAAAUGUUAAUGACAACAUAAAUAUAAACCAUGAACUUAAUGAAUACCAUUGGUGUCCUGUGUAGCUCAGUUGGUAGAGCAUGGUGCUUGCAAUGCCAGGGUUGUGGGUUUGAUUCCCAUGGGGGACCAGUACGAAAAUGUAUGCAUUCACUAUUGUAAGUCGCUCUGGAUAAAGAGCGUCUGCUAAAUGACUAAAAUGUAAUAAUGUGUUUAAUAUGAGGGUUUCAGCAUGAAAUAUCCUUUAUCAUUUUUAUACACUUAGACUAUGUCUUCGUUGUAAAUGUUUUGGCGCCAAACUGGUGGCAGUUGUGAAAAAAGUUAAUAGUUGAAAGCGUUGCAGAAUUAAUAGAAAAAUAAUGCCAUUGUUGAUUAGAUGCUUUUUUCAUUAAUUAGGCCAUUUUUCUCUUGAACCAUAUGGUCUAGCCACUAGAAACUCAUGGACAAUAUGGACACAGAUAUAAAAAAUGAAUACUAUAUCUUACAUUUUUAAAAAGUAUAAAUUACCAAAGUUACAAUAGAUUACCUGUUUAUUACUGAAGAUUCCGGUAACUUUGGUAAAUGACUGGUAGAUUUGCGUCCCUAAUAAUACCCCUCAUUUUUUGUCUACCCCUGAAGGAUUGUAAUAAUUAAGAAUUUAGGUAAAUAUUAUUGAUAUUGAAACAUAGGCUUACCUGUUAUAACUGAAAUGUUAUUGUGUUUCUCUGACUUCUCUUUCUGUCCCAGCCCUUCCCUGUUGUCACCCAGGCAACAGCAGACUUCCUCAAAGCGCUCUCCACCAAUGAGCCACCAGUCAACCGCCCAGCUCCCUCACCUCAGCCAAUCACCACUGUCGCUUCUCAAAAGCCAGGGCCCAGCCUAGUGAAAGUAAGCAGACACGUUGUUUUGUCUACUGUUUAGGGAAUUAGUUCACAUUGAAACAAAAGCUCAGUCUUUGAACUAGCAUUGAAUCCAAAUCGAUGAAUAAAGGUGUUUGACAGUUUUUUUUUUUUUUUUGAUCUUUCUGUACUCAAAUCUGAAUUAAAGUAAUUGAAAAAUACAGUACUUGAGUCACUUCUAAACACAGAUGGUCAGAGCUGACCCUGUUUAUUAAAACAAGUCUAAGACUGACCAAACCACUAUAACCUGCGAAAUGGGAGACAAUACACACAGCCAAUCAGUUGCACUAAAAGACACCAACUGACCUUUCUGCCUAGAGCGUACAAACUGACCCUGUAGUCUACCUGGGGUCAUUUCUUCAAUUCCUAACUGGAAUGUGCCCACUGGUAAAAACUCAACUUUUAACCCAAAAAGGAAAUCCCUUUUUAGAUGACUGUUGUUUUUUAUGUCAAUGUAUUUUAGUUUAUUUCAGAGUGGACCUCAUCGUAUAAAGCGCAUCUCAUUUCAUAUUGUUGUGCAAUGAUGUUUUAUAUAAUAAACUUGAACGUUUUGAAGCAUGUGCAUCUUCUUUAUCUUGCCAUUUCACCUCCUCUCUCAUCCGACAGCAGAGCCAGCCCAGGCAGGCGGGGGAGAGGAAUCGCAGUAAGAAGGGCAAGGAGCCCAAGCCCCGGGUCAAGAAGUUAAAGUACCACCAGUACGUCCCCCCGGACCAGAAACAGGAAGCCAGCGAAGCCCCCAUGGACUCAUCCUACGCCAAGAUCCUCCACCAGCAGCAGCUUUUCCUCCAGCUGCAGAUCCUCCACCAGCAGCAGCAGCACUACAACUACCACACCAUUCUUCCUGCACCCUUAAAGUAGGAUAUUACUGUCAUAUCAGGGGCAAAUCCUAACUUCCACUUUGUCAAUGGGAGACCAAGUGCAAAUGUGAUUUAAAUGGAAGUUAGGAUUUGCCCCUUACUAGGCUAUCAACCUCUUUGACGUAAAGACCGGAUCCGUCUACCCGUUUUUCAAACAAAGGUUUACAAGAGAACAUUAUGUUAGCUGGAAAGUACCUAAAAAGCAACCCAGCUGUUGUUGUUUCCAAUGGCCCAAAUGGCAAUAGGACAAUUAGCUAGUUUCCAAUAACAAAUCCUCUGUAAUGAUAUUAAUAACCUGCAGGAUGUUGUCUUAGUGGGAGUUGAUCCAGGGCCCAUUAGAACUGUGUAUGUCAGUUAUUGUUGGAACUCUGCAUUGUUCCAUUGACUGACUGUGUACUGAGGCGCCGGGCAGAGGAAGCUCCUUAGUUCCCUUCAUAUUGCUAACACAUUUCCUUUCUCUCUCUCUCUCCACCCCCCCGUCCCUCCAUUGUUACCUUCUCCCUCUCUCUCCACCCCUCCCCUCUUUCCCCUCUCCCUCCUUCACCAUCUCUCACUCCACCCUCUUUACUCUCCCUCCUUCCCCUUGUUUCUCUCUCCAUUCCCCUUCCGCUCUUCCUCCAGGCCUGUAGCUGAGGGUCAGAACAGCGCUGUGAACGGUCUGCCAACCUCUAUAGUGGUGUCCCUGCCGCCCGCCCCCCCUGUCACUGUCCCGCCUCCUACCCCUGUCCGCCCCAACAGCCUGUCCAACCGCAAGCCUGGCCACCUGCCCCCCAACCUGGAGGACAUGAAGGUGGCCGAGUUGAAACUGGAGCUGAAGUUGCGAAGCCUCCCUGUGUCAGGGACCAAGACUGAUCUCAUCGAGAGGCUGAAACCUUACCAGGAGAGCCCCAGCACCCCAGCCCUGACCCCCGGCCUUAACACCCUCCCAUCCUCAGUCCCUAUGGAGGUCAGCUCAUCCCCCGCAGUUCACCUAGCUGCCCAUCAGGUGGCACCAGAGAGCAUGAGCUCCACACACCCAGUGUCCCCAAUCCCCACAGACCUCUCCACCUUUAGAGACAACAGAGGGGUGUCCGAGUUCCUUUGCGACCCCCAGAGUGUGAGUCCCGGUCGUGCAGGCGCAGGGAUGUCCCCCCUGAGGCCAGGUGUUGUCCCUGGUCGUGUCCCGGAGGAGAAGGACCGACGGCUCCAUGAGAAGGAACGUCAGAUCGAGGAGCUGAUGAGGAAGCUGGAGCAGGAGCAGAGGCUGGUGGAGGAGCUGAAGAUGCAGCUGGAGGUGGAGAAGACCCAGCCUCUACAGGGACCCUCCACAGACCCUGUCCCCAUGAUCCAUACUUCCAACAAGGUCAAACUGGAAGACCGGGUCCUCCCUAACUGCUCAGCCAGGGUUACCUCAAACAUGGCUCCCCAGACUCAGCCUCACUCUCUUCCAACCGUGGUGAAGCUGGAGGAUGUCAUCUGCAACUCCCAGCCCCCGCACCAGCCCAACUCGACCCCCAGCCUGCCCCAGUUCUUCAUCAGCCACCAGGGGACAGUGUCCCAGGUUGUAGGCCAGCCUGGCACCCAGACCCUGCUUGCAGCCCAGGAUGGCACUACCCAGAUCCUCCUACCUGUCCUCCAGGCUACGAUGUCAAAUCAAGCCCCAGGCCUGAUCCAGGCCUCAGUGCCCCAGCUACACACCACCAAGAUGGAGACUCGGCAGGCCUCAACUCAACAGCAGAGACCUAAUCACAACCACAUGCUGCAGGUAAGUCAUACCACACCAGAAUCCUGGAAAAUAUGGAUCUGAAACGUGCUUGAAAUAAGAUCUAGUAGGACUGGUGAUGAAGUUAAGGUUAACCCCUUUUUGUGUGUCACUCUUCUACAGACUUUCACAGCGUGCAACAACCCUGGCUCUGGGAUGGUGGAGAACCAUACAAGGCUUGACAUGCAUCCCCAGUGUUUCCUGAGCAGCUCCCCAGAUAACAGGCUCUCUCCCGAGGGGGCUUCACCCAACCACACCCUCUCCAAGGGGCCUGUCAACAAGGUACCCAUAGGUGUAUUAUUAGAAAACAUCAUCCUCUAACCUCUAGGUUAAAUGUGACGCAAAAUACACAUUGUAAACCACCUACCUUUCCAGUUCCACUUUCUCUCUCAAAUCCUCUCAAAUCUUACAUUGGUUAUGUGAGUUGUUGUUACAGACAAGGUAGGUUGUGUUUGUUCAAUGUUUUCUUCUUCUUAUCCCCCUCUCCAUCUCUGUCUCCAUCCCAGCCCGCCUUCAUCCUCCAUCCCUCCUCCCUCGUGACCCAGCCCCCCACGACCAGGGAGCCCCCCCGCUACGAGGAUGCAGUCAAACAGACACGCAACCUGAAGCAGGCCAACAACCUUACACAGGUGAACACACACACACACAGACAAACACACACUCAUACAGUAACAGACACACACACACAGACAAACACACACUCAUACAGUAACAGACACACUCAUACAGUAACAGACAAACACACACUCCCACAUAUAUACAGUAACAAACACACACACAUUCACAAAUAUAUGAGGUACUCUCCCAAGUCCUGAGGGACUGUAAUGCUAUUGGUCACACCCCAGAGACUGUAAUGCUAUUGGUCAUGCAUCUCCACCCCCUUACCUUAUUGUCUCUUUCUCAGGUUUCCACGGCAACCAGCCAGCAAAUGGAUGACCUAUUUGACAUCCUGAUUCAGAGUGGAGGUGAGAGUUCACAGCAUCAAGAAACAUUUACACCUUUAGCUCCUUGUCAUAACCCUGAAGGGACUGACCUAGUUAUGAUUAUCUGGCCGUUUCAUAUCUGUAAACAGUAAUAAAGUUGGAGUUUGUUUUUAGACUUCACAUUAACAUUAAAGAAGCCUGUGUUUAAUACAGGUGAUUAAUCUGUCCCCAUCUUCUAUUUCCUCCAGAGAUCACUCCUUUCAUCCAGCAGCAGGACCUUCUGUCUCUCAGCACCAAGACUGUUCCUAUCACAGCCAACAUCACUACCCUCCCUGUCAACACUGCCCUGUCCAGGCCCCCUCCGCAGAUCCAGGUAGCUCCCCCUCCCACCCCGCCCGUCGACCCCCUCCAUCUCCCAAGCCUGGCCUCCCUGACCUCAGACAACCAGCUGGAGGCCUUCCUGGAGGGGACCCUGAACGACCCAUCCCCAACUACGGACCCCCGCACCCUGGGUCUGAUCGAGGAGCUGCAGUCCCAGCUCCUGGAUCAACCCUACUCCCCCAUGGACACCUCGGAGCUGUCCUUCUGCGACUCCACGUCUCCCCCCUCCCUCAAUAUGGGCCUGUCUGACACAGCCCUAGACAACAUGGAGUGGCUGGACCUAACCAUGCCACCCGGCCCCGCGGGGGGGCUCACGCCACUGGGGAUUCCUUCAGACUUCCUGGAUACACACGACCUGCAGCUGCACUGGGACUGA